AUGCCGCCAAAGCCUCGCAUGCAUCAGGGCGAUGCACCGGUGACAAAAGCACAACAUCCGCAUCAGAUCCUUCCCCAGUCGGUCCGCCACACCAAUGACAUAGGUGUGCUGCGGGAGGAGUUUAGGUCGUGUCUGACGGACAUCAAGAGCCUAAAGCAGCAUCUGCGCGAAAAGCAGGUCCUCAUAGAAAAGAACAGUGAGAAGCUCCUCCGGCUCCAGGAUGUUGAUCCGGAGACACGCAAGGCCGCUCUGCGAACUGAAAUGAUCAGGCUUGCAAAGCAGAUAGAGACAGGUAAGGCUAACGUACAUCGGCUUCUGGCUGAGCUGGAAUGGAGGAGUAAGGAUUCUGAGAGUAUACAUGGAGAUCCGGACUCUAGUGCGAAUACAAGCGUGUCAGACAAAGCCGGGAACCAUAUGCUCCGCGACCUUGAUAUGCUCCGCGCCGUAAGGAAUCUCCUGGCUGCGCAGAAAGAAAAGGAUUACUACGCCAAGAAGAAAGCAAUAUUUGAAGACAGUCUAGCAAAGGGUGCCGAAAUACACCACCAAGACGUUCAGAAGAAGAACCAGGACUAUGCAGCAGCGCAGCGGAGCAUCGAGAAUUUACGCAAGCAACGAGACGAUAACAUAGAGGUGAUUUCAAAACUGCAGGAGGAGCUUGUACAGGCAGGGGUUGCACCAGCGGAGCUACAAAAGAUGUACAAAGACAUUGGAAUGCCACUGAUGGAGGUGCGGGAAGAUGUUAGUGAAAGGAAGACCUCUGACCGACCUGCGGCCAGAGCAGGGGCGCCGGGUGUCAAGCAGAAUGUCAACGAGCUCAUACAAAAGGCAAACAACCAGUACAAUACCGAUAUGCUGAGUGUGAGCGCGGUUACCGCACACAGCGCAACUCUAAAGGAGGCCUCGCUCACUAGAACUCCUCAACAGACCUCUCCAUAUGGGGAACCUGUAGUAACUCGGCAACCAAGCCACAUACCCAGUAAGAAGGCCUCGCCGAUCGCAAAGAAUUCGGCUCCUCAGUCCUUUACUGAUCCUGCUUCAAGCACACCGGAUAAGGUAACUACGACCGCCGAGAAAACCAGCGCACCCACUACUGAGUUCAGAGAUCGCUCCUCCUUUGACAGAGCAGCGAAGGAUCAAUACCUGGAAGCGGCAGAGCAUGAUGCGGACAUAGCGUACUCCCCUGAUCGCAGACUGAAGGCUGUCGUCUUUGACCCACCGCUUCCCCUCAACGGACUCAACACACCUCCUCGCCAAGCGGACCUUCCGCCAUCCAGAGGUGGUGUUGGUGGCAUUGCCAUUGUGGAGACCCCUAGUGCCAUUGACCAGGUGGAGCUGGUGGAGGGCUACUCUGCUUACAUAUCUCAGGUCUCUCCGGGCAAGGGUAGCGAGUACGAUGUGACGGGUGUACACCUCAAGAAGGAGGAUAUAGAGAAGGCGGUGAUCGAAGACGAGAUCCGCAAGGAAGUCAGCAGACGCAUUGAUACAGCUAAGUCACGGCGGGGAGCAGGCGAUAAUUAUGAUGAGAUCUAUAAAGAUGACUUUGACCACUUUAGCGACGACAUCGAUGACAAAAUUAUGGACACCCUCAACUCUACUGCACGCCAGCACCAAUCUGCAUUGCCUGACCCAAUAGAACGCAAUCCAGAUAAUUUUGAUUUCUUUGCUUAG